UUCGUUAAACUUGAAUUUAGGGGCGGGCUCUAAAAGAAAAGAGUGGGGAGUGUUGCUUGCUGAUCCUUUAGUUGAAGAAUUUUCGCAAACCAAAUCACUUCACUGACUGCAAUUGAGACGAGGGUUUUAUUUUUGACUACAGUUCAAAAUGCGUACAAGCUUGAUCCUACUUUUAGUGUUGGCCCUUGCGCUGGUAGCAACAGCGAAAAGAUCCAGGUGCUACAGUAAAGUGUCAUGCACAAUUAAAUAUAAAUAUGAAAUUGAAGAGGACUGUUCUGAUGAAUGCAGGAAAAUAAAGAGGAAGAAGUAUUACUACUACGAUGACGAAGGCGAUUAUUUCUCCUAUUUUGAACCAGAGGACUUCGCUCCAUCUAUUUACUAUCCAAUUUACAUUGCACCAUGUUAUCCAAUGUGUGACACGACCUAUUCUUACUCUUCUUACGGUACCUACGGUUCUUAUGGAACUUACGGAUCUUACGGGUCCCAAAGGCCUCGCAAAUAAAAUUUAACUCUGCUUUAAUCAAAAGUAGGAAAAAAUAUAUUGAAAUAUUAUUUUUUUGUGACCCGUUUAUUUGACGAUGUGAAAUUUUAAUUGUACAUAAUUUCGUUUAAUGUUAUAUUUAAAAAAAAAUGAUUAAUUAAAAAAAAAAUAUUGUAAAUUUUUCUUCUUUAUGAAUAGAAAUAUGUAUAUGUCUUAUAUAUAAUAAUCUUGUUUUACCAGAAGACAAAACGAAUGUAAACAUUUCUUGUGCAAUAAAAAUUUUAACAAAUUA